AUGAAUAAGGUACGGUCCAAGCCAGUCAACUGGGGCUUUAGAAAGGGAUCAGCUUUGACCAAGUCCGCUGCCUCAACAGUAAAUGGUAAAAAAGGUAGGUCCGUUCUCGUCGAUAGUUUACAGAGGAGUGCUCCGUUGGUAACCAGCCCCAUCCCCAUCCCCAUCUCUACCCAUGUCUUAGUCUUCUCUCGAAUAUAUGAAGUUAAAAAACAGCCCAACGAGAAUGAGGACAGGCUUCGCAAGUACCUGAGACCUGCUGCUGUGCUACACACCACACACACACAUAUGCACAAGCUUGAGAUGGUUGCUGGCUUAACCAAUCGUUCUCCUGCCCGUUAA